AUGGCUAACUCUGGUAACAAUUCUCCAGCCGGUGUUACUGAUGCCAUCAACACAAACAGUCAAACAAUAUUCACAAUCAACAUGACAAGUGUGUCCAAGCUAACCUCCACAAAUUACCUCAUGUGUAGUCUACAAGUGCAUGCUCUUCUUGAUGGCUACGAUUUGGUUGGUCAUCUCGAUGGAUCCAUCCUGGUUCCGCAACCUACGCUCACUGUUGCAGAUGUAGUUUCAGUCAACCCAGCGUACACCAUAUGGAAACGCCAAGACAAGUUGAUCUUCAGCUCGUUGAUUGGCGCCAUAUCCACUCCGAUCCAGCCCAUUGUCUCUCGUGCCACCACUGCUGCUGAAGUGUGGCAAACAUUGGCGACAACCUAUGCCAAACCAAGUCAAAAUAGCAAAGAAGAGUCAAAAUGGAGCAAAAAGAGUCAAAUCACCAAGUUCCCAAGUCUAGAGCACCAAAAUCUACAUUUCUCGCUAAAGACCAAACCGGAGCAUCCGAAGUACGACCGCAUAUUCAUGCCUUCCCGACGUCCAAAAGUCAUGAUUCUUAUAUGGAAAGAUAGAUAUUUGAGUCAUGACCCGCGGCGAAGUGGAAAGAGGUCAUUUGGAUCACUCGUUGGACCGGAACUUAUUUUCUACCAAGACAUGUCCGACGAGCGCCUAAGUAGAGCCCAUGGAGACUUUGAUGGAUCAAGAGGCCCGAGAUACCGCGCCCAAGGCCUUGGCUCAUCUUGA